AUGCCCGGUCCGGCCGGACAGAUCACGCCGCCGCACCGCGCCAAUCCCGCGCUGCCACGUGGACUCCGCCACCGACCGCCACCGCCGGCCCGCGAGGCCCGCGCGGGGCCCCCCGAGCCCAUCCGCGCCGCCGCCUCCGCGCGGGCCCGAGCGCGCCGCGCGCCCCGCCGGCCGCCGCCCGCGUCGCCCUGGUCGCCGCCUCCGUCCGCCUCCACGCCGCCUCCGCCCGCUCCACCGCGUGCCCCGGCCUCCCCCUCGCCGGAUCCGGCCGGCCCCGACCCCGGCGACCUCCCCUGA